UUAAGCUCCGUGCUCAGCUCCCCGCUUCCGAAAUGGCGUACGCUCCUCCGUCUUCUCCGCUCUCGCCUUUUCCCCGGCUGCCUCUCCGCCACUACGCCGUUCCCCAAUUCCUAGUCCACGUUCCGAGAUCGACGAUCCGCCGAAAGCCCCAUUCGCCUCCUAAGGCGGCCCCGUUCCCGGAGCUGGCGCCGCUCCAGGAUUCCCUCCUCCAUCUCAUCCGGGCUUCUCCGCCCACCUGGCAGUCGGCGGCUGCCAGCAACCUCCUGAUAUUCGCCGUCGGGUCCCCCAUUCUGUUUUCGGGCCUUACGAUUCCCGGCAUCGGAUCGGCCUUCCUACUCGGGGUUUUGUCUUGGAGAGCCUUCGGGCCUUCCGGGUUCCUCAUUGUAGCGGCCUACUUUGUUAUCGGGACAGCAGUUACAAAGUUGAAAAUUGCACAAAAAGAGGCUCUUGGCAUAGCAGAGAAAAGGAGUGGAAGAAGAGGACCAGGCAGUGUUGUUGGUUCGAGUGCUGCUGCUUGUGUUUGCGCAGUCCUAUCAAUAUUCAAUAUUGGUGGGCCUGUAUUUGCAGCACUUUGGCAACUAGGUUUUGUUGCCAGCUUCUGUACUAAGCUGAGCGAUACUGUAUCCAGUGAGAUAGGCAAAGCAUAUGGAAAAACUACGUACUUGGCCACCACAUUUAAGGUUGUACCAAGGGGCACAGAAGGAGCUGUAAGUAUUGAAGGAACUGUUGCUGGAGUUGUUUCGUCAAUUCUUCUGGCUGGCAUUGCCUGUUCUUUAGGGCAGGUAGAUUUACCAAAAGCUUCUAUAUGCAUUCUGGCAUCUCUGAUUGCAAACUUUUGUGAGAGCCUAAUUGGUGCUACUCUACAAGACAAAGACAGUUUUCAAUGGCUGAGCAACGAUAUUGUUAACGUUAUCAACAUCUCUAUUGGCAGCAUUUUGGCAAUGCUGAUUCAACUGCUCAUUCUGAGGAACUAAUCGCAUCAGUAUUGCUUUGUUGCCGCACAGGGUCUGACGUUCUUUCCAACGAUAUCAAAAUUCUGAAAUGGAACGUCUGCCCUAAGCAUAUAAACUGAGAAAGUGGAGAGGUUUGUAUUUUAGAAGCAGGUAUCGAAAUGUCUCAAUUGAACAAGUGGCAAUAGUCCAUAGGAGUUGAAAGAAUUUGGUUAUUCUGUUGAUCAAUACUUCUUUAAUGGUUCAAUUAAUCAUUGCAUAUUCUCAGGCAUUAA